UCCCAAUGUCUGUCACUGAAUGACCCAUCCUUGAUCCUCAGUAUCUGAAGGAACACACCAUUCAAACCCAAGUUAACUUCCCUCUGCAGGAAACGUGGAAGGAAAGUUCCUUUAUAUUGGAGAAGCGAGUCCUGUGCUCCAGGAUGAUCCACCCAAACUUCCGGAUCCUUUCAGCCCAAGGCCUCCUUCUCCUCUGCAGUCUUUCCUACUUUGGCACCCGAGGUCCUUAUGCAGAAGCAGAGCCAGAUGUGGUCUCUGGAGCAGCCAUUUUCUCCAACCAUUCCCUGAAUGGGACAGGUGUGAUACCUCUCACUUGCCAGAGUUUCCAGUGUUCAGGAGAGAGGUGCUACCAGGAGGAGGCCCAUGGCAACAAUUCCCAGCUCUGCCACAAUGCUUCACACUGUGAGCUCUAUCGUCUCAACAGCACCAGCUAUACAGCCCGAUGCAGUAGUGAUUGUGGAAGUGCCAAUGCCACGGAGAUGUGCCUUCAGAGUGGAGGACUGGGCCUGGAACUCUGCAUUAUGGAAUGUUGCAACUCGCACAACUGCCUGCAGCUCAAUGCCACGGCAUACGGUGACAGGGCACUCAUCACCACCCCAGUUCCCACCACUACUACCACCACCACCACGGCACCACCCCGCAAUGGAAAGGUUUGCUCGAGCUUCACCUGCCAUGGAGAAGGCUGUUUCAAAGGUCAGAAGUCCUCAACCAGCUGCACUGUGGGCCACGACUUCUGCGAGAUGAAAAAAACAGGCUCCCAUUUUGUGGCAGGCUGUAGCCAAAGUUGCAAAACCAAGGGCCAUCCGUGCUCCCACAAAUCUACUGCUGCGUGCUACCAAGAGUGCUGCCAAGCUAUGCCCAGAACCAGCUGCCUGAAGCUGGAUGGGAAAGUGCACUUCAACAGGGCGAGCGGCCUGGCUUCGGCUCCUCUGUUCCAGCUCCUGGGCUGGGCUGCCCUGCUUAGUCUCAGCUGCUCCAUAUCCUUCUUGGCUGGGACCAAUUGAUCCACUGCUCGGUGCCUUCAGCCCUGAGAUCUGCUGGGCAGGAGGGAACUCCCUUCCCAUCCUCACCCAUGUUGCUUCCUUUCUGUUCUCCUCGGCUCCUUUUUCCCAGGAAAGCAAGAGGCAUUCAGGAAAAGAUUUCUCUUCUUUCUCUAUUGCUAGUGCUCAGGUUAUUCUGUUUUCACCCCAAAUAUCAGCUGUGUGUGUACAGCUGAGGCUCAGCAGAGGCAUAUAAUAUUCUUCAGCCAGGCUGUAGGGACUCUGGCACGGGCUGACUCUGAAUGGCCCUUAUCCUUAGAGCUGGACUGAAGGAUUCUCUUGGGUCUGCAGAAACCCUCUUCCAGGACAAGCUAUUGCUGCUACCACUCAGAAGUGUUUUUCCUUGGGAUGACUGUGCUGGGCCCCUCCAGGUUGUCCUUCUGAUCCUUUGAUGGGAACACUCGGAUUCAGGCCCAACAGCAGAAAGGAAAGAAAAGGAAAUCUAGCUAACUCUAGUUUACGCCUCUGUCUCUUUCACUCAUCCUCUUUCUUCAAAGUUUUGCUUCUCGCUGCUUCCUUUAUUCCUGUUAAUUCUUUACCACUUAUUUCCUUGUUUUCGCAAGACAGCACCAACCUUUCCCAGCCUUCCCUUCCCUCACAACUCAGUCUUUAGUCAUAACACUUCCCACACGUGACCAUUCUUGCUGCAUCCACUCCAUAUUCUCACAAGAGAUUCCAUAAUUCAAGCUUCUCUACUUUUAUCAUGUGCCUUCUCUAAAUAAAGCAACAUACAAAUAACUCGUUUUCUGUCACUCAUACAUUUUUCAAUGACCUGCUGAACAGCAAAACUGUGAUUUGCACACUCCCUGCCUGCUGCUUAUGCAUUUACAAUCCAAAUCGUGUCACAUACUUCCCCGGUUUUCUUAAGAAGCUAAUACCUGUGUAGGUUUUCCGUUCCCUCUGGUUCUACUCCUCUUUGUAUGGGGAAGCGACAAUGGCAUGCUACAGACUGGCUGGCAGAGAAGCAGUCUUCACACACAUUACACAAUUCCCACAGCUACUUUCCCAGGGAUAAAAUCUACCAGUUACACUAAAUAUCCCUGUAGCUGUGCCAUUUGUCAACAUUCUCACAGCAGGUGUGGCUUGCUUUUUACCUUCUGUUUUGACCACUUAUCUCAAUUCCAUAUUUUGACAUACAGUAUACUAUUGUUGGAGGACUCCUAAGAGCAAUUUCCUCACUCCACUUUCAUCCCCAAUUGUUUCAUUCCUUCCAUGUUUAAUUCCACUCACUCUGUUGGAGGCUCCUUCUUUGGCUGUCUUCACUCAUGUUCCAAAUAACGUUUUAAAUUUUCUGCAAAAAUUGCACUGCAUUUUCUCUGCCCUUUUAAUCCGAGCAAUCCCUUGCUGCCCUCUAUUUUUUAUGCUUUAUAUAGCCUUCCCUCCAACUCAUUUUCUCGCAGCUGUUAAUUCUGUUAUUUGCAUUUUUCCUCCUCCGGAGCCAAUUUCAUUCUGACGUUCCGCCGAGCGUUCUUUUUGUAUUUGCCAGGACCUGCUGCGACUUUCUCCAACAUUACGCUUCCCUCUCUUCCCCGCCGAGCCCCUUCCCCUUUUCUUAGCUCCCCUAUCCAGGGGUUCAACGUGUUUCGUAGCGCUUUGGCAAGACAUCUCGCUGAUCUUCCUCCUCCCACCGAAGGAAGCGGCACUUUCCAGGCGGGAGAAGCCCCACCCCAACCCCGCUUUCCACCGCGCAAUACUCCGGCCAGGCUACUCCGCGGCCGCAGCGCUAGAGCGGGGUAGCGUAAGGGGAACGGGGG